AGUUGUAUGUUGUGAACAAAUUAAUAAACUUUUGUAAACUAUUCAAUCUGUGGGUAUAUAAGCCAUAUAUGUCUGGGCUUAUUCUAUAUCUCAAAAACAAAAGUUAAUUUCAGCUUAAUUAUCUGAUUACUUUCAUUUAAAAUGAAGUGGACAACCAGCAAUGUAAAAAAUCCUAAUUACACCGAAAAUCAUGAGUUUUAUGUGGGUACACAAACAGGUUCUUUAAAGAAAUUUUCACCGACUUAUAAGGACGAUCCAUUUGUGCAACACAAUCUACAUAAACUAGGCGAUAGGAAUUCGAGUAUAACGGCCUUAACGUUUACUAAAGAUGAUGGAUCGGAAAUCUUAAUUGGACGUGCCAAGCCGGCUUUUCAAUUACAUUCUUUAGACACGCAAAGUGUUAUAAAAAGCUUCGAGAUCGAUGGAGGAGCCCCUGUAGUUGGAUUGGCUCAAUAUGACGGGCGAUAUAUAGUCGGUAUGGCAGACGGACGAAUUCAGCGUUUAUUAAGAGAAGAAGAACGUGCGACUUUGCCUGAAGUUAACAUUAUAAAUGCCGGGGAUAAUAUGGAACGUUUACGGCAAUGUCCAUUCGAUCGACGUCUGGUAGCUAGUGGUGGCAAAGGGAGGCAAAAUAAUGUAAAAGUUUUUGAUCUUGCUGUAGGGAAAAUUGUUUUUUCCUCCAAAAAUCUACCCAACGACUAUUUACAAUUGGAGGUACCUGUUUGGGACAGUGAUGUUGGCUUUAUUGAUUCUCCUCAAAAUCUGACAACUUGUUCUCGUCUUGGCUAUGUAAGGCUGUAUGAUAUUCGUAAACAAAGGCGCCCCGUGCAAAGUUUUGCAACUGACGAGCAAAUGAGUUUUACUACCUUAGCAGCAAAGGACAACUAUAUUUAUACGGGUACAACAAUGGGCGCAAUGAAAGCUUUCGAUAUACGUCGUUUGAAGACUUUUGUUCACACUUACAAAGGUUUUACUGGAGGAAUUUGCGAUGUUCAGUUAGAUUCUACUGGUAAGUAUUUGCUUUCUGGCUGCUUAGAUCGUUAUGUUCGUGUACAUCAUGUAGACUCUUGUGUGCUUAUGUAUCAAUGUUACACUAAAUCUAAAAUUACGCGAGUUCUUAUUCGUAACACGCAAGAGAUUGUGUGUGACGAUGUGACAACAGAGGAAUGCGCCAAUGAUCAAACUCAUCAAAGCGAAGUAAAACUGAAGAAAAAGACUAAUACGCCAGUUGAUGAGGAAUACGAGCAAAUGUUUGAGAAUAUGCAGACCAUUUGUGAUAGCGAAGAUGUCGACAAAGGCGAAGUUAAUGAGUCGGCUCGUCAAAAUAUUCGUACCCAAGAUGAAAAAAUUACUGCGCCGAAAAAUUCUAAACGAAAGUUAAUUCAAAAUAAAAUAUUACAUAAUAAAAAGAGAAAAUGAAAAAGUAAAUGGAUCGUGUUUUUGUACAAAACCUCUC